CCUCGGUGGCAAACCCACAACGGGCGCCCGUUGAUCCUCGCCUUUGGUUUCAAUAAGUGUUGCCAGUAUCUCGCGAGGAGGGCGGAAACCCAAUCAGUCUGUCAGAAAGGAUAGGAAACAAAACACACGGCGUGGUCCGAGAGUUGCACGAGUUGGGCUGCAGAGAGAGUGAGCGUGUUUGACUUGUGGUGUACACUUUGCGUGUUAUAGAUCCUUCUGGAGCCGAUAGAGUUGAGAGAGAGAGUUGUGAGUGUAGCUCGUCGUACUGCGUAUCAUCGUCUCAGGGUGGAUUGUCAGGUGGAUACCUCUCCAGGCUUUUAAUGUGAUCAAUCGGAUCAUCUUCUUGGUGGACCGCUGUACAAUACCUCGAACGCUGGUGAAAAGCACAAGUUUUAGAGUUGCAGAGAUUGUAAGAGAACUAGGGGCGUAGUUGUAGCACAUCAGUGGAAAUACUCGGGAGACAUACCCGUGCUCACGAAGUUAUUCCAUUGCACUUUUCCUUGGUCAACGGUUGGCCUACAUCAAACAACGGAGAAGACACGGGGUUAUUACUGGAGGUGUGAAUUGUAGCCGGGAAGUUCAAAUGAACGAAUAGAGAGCUUUGCUUGGAAGUAGGAGGAUAGAUUAAGCUUGGAUUCUUGAAAUCCUGAAGUAUGGCUCAGGUGUGUGCGAAAUGGCUGAAACAGUCGCCGCCUGUGAAUCAGAUCUAUCCCAUUUACACGAACCCGGCAUCAGGGAAACAAUUGGUCUUCAACCAUAAGUUGCAGAAAAUUUUCAGAUGCACAAAGAUCUUUUACCUGGCUGCAGUGCUGAUUGGGUUUUCUUUCCUUGCCUGCGUUGUGAUUUUCAAUGAGAAAAGCUUCAGAAGAAGUUUUGUGGAGGUGAUAUCAGGACCUUUGGAAGUCGAAGCGUGUCGCUUAACCAAAACACACUGCAGCAGAGGUGGUGGCAAGGCUCUGCCGAAGGGAAUAAUUGUAGAGACAAGCGACUUGCAUAUGCGAUCUCUUGGUUUUGAAGAAAAGGACAAGGUCCAGACACCAAUGACAAAGAAUCUUCUCGCUAUGGCAGUGGGUAUCAAGCAGAAGAAAGUUGCCGACGAAAUUGUUCAGAAAUUUCCACUGGCCAAUUACACAAUCAUGCUCUUCCACUAUGACGGUGUGGUCGACCAGUGGCAUGAUCUCCCAUGGAGUAACUAUUCCAUCCACAUUGUUGCCUUGCAUCAAACCAAAUGGUGGUUUGCGAAACGGUUCAUGCAUCCAGACAUUGUUGCGCAAUACAACUACGUCUUCUUGUGGGAUGAGGACUUGGGGGUUGAAAACUUCCAUGCGGACAAGUACAUAGAGAUCAUGGAGACCGAAGGACUUGAGAUUUCUCAGCCUGCACUAGAUGGUGCUUCUCUCGAUAUUCACCAUGUUAUUACUAGACGACAACCCUCGAAAAGAGUACACAAGAACAUUUUGUUAAAUCGUGGCUCAACGGUGUGCACCAACGAAAGCAAUGGCCCUCCAUGUGCAGGGUACGUAGAGGUGAUGGCGCCAGUUUUCUCCAAGGCUGCUUGGCGUUGUGUUUGGUACAUGAUUCAGAAUGAUUUGGUUCAUGGGUGGGGUAUCGACUUCAAAGUUGGUUAUUGCUCACAGGGUCUCCGCAGUGAAAAAGUGGGCAUUAUUGAUGCUGAGUACGUUCUGCACAAGGGAAUCCCGUCUCUUGGUGGCCCUCUUUCAAAUAAUACACUCGACAGUGAGAGCCAAGGGACAGGCGUCGAGAAACCACAUUCUCUUCGUCGACAAGUCCGGAAACGAUCUGGAGAAGAGAUGACCACUUUCUUGAAACGGUGGAAGAGAGCUGUAAAGGAAGAUUCCACGUGGUCUGAUCCUUACAAAGCUGUCAACGAUUCAUCUGCAAAUUAUCACAUUGUGAGGUGAUAAUAUGCCCUUGAGGCAGGAACUCUCAUUCCCGAAAGCUUCAGGGAGAUCUGGGCAAUGUGGUAGUAGGUUAAGAUUUUGCCGCCACCUGCUUUCGCUGAUUUGUUGAACUAUUUUUCCCAAUUCUUGGGUGUUAACUGUACAUAAUUACCGAUACCCCCCUUAUUUCGUGCAUAUGUCCAACUACCAUGUUGAGUGUCUAAAUUCUUUAUCGCAAUAUAAAAGGAUAGAUUGGGUACGAA